CAAUGUAGAGAGGGCGGGAGCGUUAUUAUUUCCCUCCCCCUGAAUCACAUCUUCUUUCCUUUCUUCUUCUCCUCUAUCCUGCCAUAUCCUGUGAAUCCCAUUCUUGCCUCGAGAUUCAAAGUCCUGCAUCUGCGUCAUUCCCCUGGACCAUCCAGAAGAACCUGGUUAAUCAACGUACCUUGCUUCUCAUCUUUCCAUCCCGGCCUCCUGAAGACGAGGUAAAAGCAAACAUAUUACUCCAACUCCUCCCUGUUGUCUGGAGUCUCUCUCCCCCUUACCCCUCUUUGCCUCCUUCUCCCUGAAUACUCUCUCGUGUCUCCGGAAGAGGGGAGAAACACCGACUUCCGCCUCCUAUCGUCCGAAAAUGUCUGGGCCCAUCCUAGAAUCAACGCCCUCGUCUGCACCUGUUCAGGUCGAGACGAUUUCUGACACCAAAAUGGACCAACAAGAUGUCGAGUCAGGGUAUGCUUCUGCCACAGACUCGUCGCCGAGUUCGUCCGUGGCAUCGCUGCCGCGGAUUACCCUCACAAAGGCACAUCUCGACCACCUCAACGCCCAGUUUGAGAACAUGGAGGCCAUGGACAUCCUCCGCGUCUGCAAGGUCAUGUUCCCCAACCUCUACCAGUCGACAGCCUUCGGGCUCACGGGCCUCGUCACCCUCGACAUGCUCUCCAAACUGCAGACCGAGUCGCCGACAUCAAGCCCCGUCGACCUCAUCUUCCUCGACACCCUCUACCACUUCCAGGAGACGCACGACCUCGUGGCGCGGACGCAGGCCCGGUACCCCAACGUGCGUCUGCACAUCUACAAGCCGUACGGCGUCAGCACGACCGAGGAGUUCGCGGCGCGGUACGGCGAGAAGCUGUACGAGACCGAGUCGGAGCUGUACGACUGGACCGCCAAGGUGGAGCCCCUGCAGCGCGCCUACGAGGAGCUGAAAGUGGCCGCCGUGCUCACGGGCCGGCGCCGCUCCCAGGGCGGCUCCCGCGACAAGAUGCCCAUCGUCGAGGUGGACGGCGAGCGGGGCGUCAUCAAGAUCAACCCGCUCGCCCGGUGGACCUUCCAGCAGGUGCGCGAGUACGUCGCCCAGCACGACGUGCCGUACAACGCGCUCCUGGACCGCGGGUACAAGUCCGUCGGCGACUGGCACUCCACCAGCCCCGUGGCCGAGGGCGAGGACGAGCGCGCCGGCCGCUGGAAGGGCCAGCAGAAGACCGAGUGCGGUAUCCACAACAAGAAGUCCCGGUACGCGCAGUACCUCCAGGAGCUGGCCCAGAAGGAGAAGUUGGCGGCGGCUGCGGAGGCUUUGAACGUGGUUCAACAGUCAGAGACCGUAUCUGCGGCAUGAUGGCCGCAAUUCCCCUGGUUGUUUCAACCCCUCCGAGGGGAGAAGGGCGGAAAAGAUAUAAAGCAUUGCACAUGACAAUGGGGCGACGGUUGGCAUGGUUAGCGAGUACAUAGGGUCUGAUGCGGAUGGAUGAUUGGAUGAUACUGCACACACACACACACACACACACACACACACACAAACUACGGGGCGUUAGAGGCGAUAUAUCCCAUGAUAAAAG